AUGGAUGGGAAGACGGACAAUCACGCCUGGAGGAGAAGGCCUCGCAAGUUCGCUCCAAAGUCCAGACUGGGCUGUAGGACUUGCAAGAUAAGACGGAUUAAAUGCGAUCUAUCUCGGCCUUCAUGCUCGAAAUGCCUUUCUACCGGGCGUACCUGCGAUGGCUACAACGCAUCCAAGACUGAGAUCGCCAACAGUACCGCGAUUGCGAAAUUCCAUGUGCAAAAUCUCGGUUCCUUUAUGAUCUUGCCCGUGGCUGAGCCAACCCAGGCAGAUGCAAUGUGCUUUUUCAGGGACAUCUCCAUCAAGCAUCUGAAUGAAUACCGCCCCUGCGAACAGUGGCGGAACAAUCUCAUGCUCUUCUCCCAAACAGUGCCAUCAGUGCGCCAUGCGGCCAUUGCGCUGGCCUUGAUGCACCGAGCCUACCUGGAUUGUCAUUCUGACAGCCUAAUAUAUCAGUCCCCUGUCUUGAAAGACCGACUACCAGACAAAACCCCUUUGCUGCACUAUAACCGCGCCAUCCAACUCCUGCUGAACCCUGAAAGUAGCGACAGCGCUGAAAUCACAGCUGUCACGCUGUUAGUCUGCUAUCUCUUUACCUGCUUGGAUCAUCUGGCUGGUGACGACGUACAAGCAAUGAAGCAUCUUCGCGGAGGCGUCGCUCUCAUCAACAACUAUACCCACAAUACCCAAUCCCCCGUUCACGCGGUUAUCAGCCAAGUCACAGAGCAAAUCCGCCGUCUGGACAUGCAGGCCGUCAUGUUUCUGGUUGACUGGACUCCAGCCAACAUAGAAGAGACGUUCAUGUCCCUAACACUCCCUGAUAGUAGUAGUGGUGGUGGUGGUAGUAUAUUUUAUUCUCUCGACCAAGCGGCCGACACCCUCCAGAUCCUGAUUUCCCAGGUAAUGAGGCUGCGCAACACCGAACAGCAAAUAUCCCCGACGGGCACGAUGCCGCCGUUACCUUCUUCACUCAAGGACCUCGUUCUGGCGCAGUUGGAGACCUGGUUGAGUCUGUUUGAAUCCCUCCUGCGCAGCGCACCGGACUGUGAAACAGAAACAGAAACUAACCCCCUCGUAUCACUCCUCCGCUUACAACAUACCAUGGCAUGUAUUCUCCUCUGUGGUUACGGAUCCGGUAGAGAAAUGGACUACGACAAUUUCCUGCCCCAGUUCCGGCAGUGCGUUGUAUUAGCGGAUGAGGUUACUAUGGUGCAUCAGCGAUAUUCGUCAUCAACAUCAACAUUCACCCCAGAAAUCGGAUUCAUCCCCGUUCUAUACAUAAUCGGCGCCAAGUGCCGGCAUCCGAUCGUCCGUCGGGAGGUAUUGCGGAUUCUGCGACGGCGGCUUAUACGCGAGGCUGCGUGGGAUAGUUUCUCUACUGCGCGGGUGGUUGAGCGGGUUAUUGAGAUUGAAGAGGGUGGGCAGACGAUACAGUGCAUGAGGCAGAUUCCUAUAUGGCGACGGAUCGAGGCACUCUCCUUUAUGCAUAUCCCAGGGAUCUUGGGACGGUGUAUGGCGAGGUUGGAUAUUGAGUAUACAUUCUGUGGAUUGGAGGGGAUACACACUGAGUCGGUGAUAGAAUGA